GUACUUGGAGCAAAGAUUAUAAAGAACAUUACAACUCUUUUUAUUCACGCAAACUGUGGAAAGUAGAAAGAUGAAAAAGAGAAACGUGAGAAGAGAUGGUUCGCCAUCGGGCCAGAAGCCGCCAAAAGUGCAACAAAAGAAGAAGGAACAGACGUCAACAUCAUGGAAGAAAAUCAUCCUCCUGUCUCUCACUGCUGUUGCCAUGUUGGGAUUCUCUGUGAAAAUACUCCCUGAAAUAAUCCAGCAGGUUGCUUUCAUGUACAGACUAAGACUGCCGUACUUUGUGGACCUGAGCCAACCUGCCGACUUCUCCCUCAAUCACACUGUCAACAUGUACGUAUCAUCUGAGGAGGGCAUCUCUCUGGGAGUUUGGCUUACUGUCCCUGAAAGUCAAUGGAAGGAGGCGCAAGGAAAAGAUCUGAACUGGUAUCAGGAAUCUUUAGGAGACGGAAAUCCUGUUUUCAUUUAUUUCCAUGGAAAUACAAAAAACAGGGCAGCUCCUCAUCGCAUUGGAGUUUCAAAAGUUCUGAGUACACUUGGUUAUCAUGUGGUGGUGCCAGACUACAGAGGGUUUGGAGACUCCACUGGAGAGCCCACUGAAGAUGGUCUGACCACUGACGCCCUCUACAUCUACAACUGGGUCAAAGCACGAAGUGGCAGCAGCCUGGUCGUUAUCUGGGGCCACUCACUCGGCACUGCGGUUUCAACAAAUCUUGCAGUAAAACUUCUUGAGAAAGGUGUGGUUCUAGAUGGUGUUAUUCUUGAAGGAACAUUUAAUCCUGCUCGAGAAAAAAUUCCUGUGAAUCCGUUAUUUUGGUUUUAUUAUAGUCUUCCUGGUAUUAAAUAUUUAUUUAUAGGAGAUGGAAAGCUUUUCGAAUCACCAGUUUUUCCAAACGAGGAAAAUAUAAAGAAAAUGAAAAGCCCAAUACUAUUUCUCCACUCAGAAGAUGACCACUUAGCUCGUAUUGAGAAUGUCGAGGAGUUACGUGAAAUAGGAGCUAGUGCCCAGAACAAAGAUCGGGUCAAGCUUGUUAAGUUUGAUGGGAGCAAAGGCUAUCUCCAUAAUGGACUCUACAGGGACGCCAAACUGCCUGGUGUUAUAAAGGAUUUUGUCGCAUCUUUAUAGUGAAGACUGAACUAUAGAAGAAAAAAACAAAUGAAAUGUUGAUUUAAGAAGAAUCUAUUUUUGUAAAGGUUGCAAAGACUGAUGAAGAAAAAAAACAUUUGAACAUUCCACCACAUCAUAAUAAUUGUAUAGUUUUUAAACAUUCCUGAAUUGGUCUAAAUGGCAGCAUUUUAAGACGCUGGUCCAUUUCCCACUGUUGACCUAAUAAUUGCACUGAAUUACCUGUAAUUAAUUUAAAUUUUAGGAUAUCGAAAAUGUGCGAUUGUUUACUAUUGAUUGUGCCAUAAUGAUUAAAAACAUGUUAGCUAUUGUGGAGUGCUGAUUAAGUUUAUAAUAAAUGUUGACACUUACGGUCUU